UUCGUUAGGUGACAGAAGAAUCCUGAGCAUAAAAAAGAGAGAAUUAAAUCUUUCUGUUCAAUCCCCAUUAGCUGUCAAUCGAACUGCUGUGGAUGCGUGACGGCAUAUUUAAGAGUACCAUAGACAAUUGGACGUCAUUUUUAGUUUGUUUCGUGCUAGGCAAAGGGCAGAAGAUAUGGAUUUUAACAUCAAAAUUACAUGCGCAAUAUAUUUUGUAUCAUUGUGGAUUCAAUUGGUUCCACUAUAUUUUGUCACAGCGAAGGGAUUCACAGGGGACUCUAUCUAUUCCAAAUGGCGAUAUUCUAAGUACGACCUACGAGAGCACUGUGGUCGGUCUAUGGACUCCUUACAAGCCCUGUUAGAGAGGUACUUGAGCGACAAAAAUUCACGGAAGAGUAAACGGAUUGUGGGUGGACAGAUCUCCACCCAUGGCGAGUGGCCGUGGUUGGUCAGUUUAAGGGUGAAGAAGGGGGAUGCCAGUUCCUACAGUCACAUUUGUGGAGGGUCGCUGAUCCAUCCCCAGUGGGUUGUCACUGCAGCUCAUUGUUUUGAAGAAUACUGGAGCAAUAAGACCUCAAGUCGAGUAAGCGACUGGCUGGCGAGGGUUGGGGAACACAACCUGUAUGUUGAAGAGGGCACGCAUACCGAUGUACCCUUGGAAAAGAUCGUUUAUACUCCACAAAGAAAACACAACGGCAUGUUUGACUACGACAUCGCUCUCCUGAAGCUAAAGAAACCUGUGAAACUUACCUAUUACGUAAAUGUGGCGUGUCUACCAUCAAAAUUAGACGUGUUCCCCCCGGGAAUGAUGUGCUCUGCGGCAGGAUGGGGGUUCAUCAAAGAAAGUGACGAAAAGAUCUCAGCCGUUGUCCGUCAUGUGCAGCUCCCGGUGUGGCCCCGUGCCUCGUGCAGUCAGAUAUAUGACGCCAUAUAUGGGAAUUACAAUAUCUCCAUCACGUCGAGAAUGAUGUGUGCUGGGUAUGAUAUAGGCGGGAAGGAUGCUUGCAAUUACGACUCCGGAGGUCCGUUCGUUUGUAAGCAGAACGGCCAGUGGCUCUUGGUGGGCAUCGUGUCCUUUGGCAACGGGUGUGCCCAGUCGGGCUUCCCAGGAGUGUACACGCGGACCGCCGCCUUCGUGGACUGGAUCAGGGCUACAGUGGAAAAUGACCAGAACAGCCAAAACAGCAUGUAAACAGGGAAAUACCUCAUACCUCAUAACCCAGACUGUGGUGAAUUUGUGUAAUUAAUCCAUGUACAAAGCUUAUGAACAUAUGUAACUGAAUAUAAAGAAAUGGGGCUUUUGUGUAUAAGAUUUUAAUAAUAACCCAAUCGUCACUGCCCCCCUCUUUCAAGAUGUUUCAAAUUGCAGUGGAUUUCACGUCAACUGUCACUUCAUAUUGCUACAUGUACAGUAAGCAUUUUGCCUAACAAAAAUAGCAACAAAUUGCGUUAAAAGAUAUAAACCGACGGUUGGUACGCUGACUAUAUCUGGAAUUUCCUUAGUAAUAUAUCGAGUCACUUAAAAUAUUGCACCAAUUUUUAAUGUCUUCAAAAUUAUCCACUAUAUAAGAUAGCGGAAUUUCACUUAAUUCAACCACAUGUCACUGUCUCUGUCACAUCAGAGUUACUGUAUAAGCCAUCUCGGUAGUUAUAGUUUGUUAUGCCA